CUCUGGCACGAGGACGCCUAUCGUCUCCUCUGCAGCUUCCGACGCAGCCCUAUUGCGCGGGACGCGGCCAAGUUAUGGAUCGCAACCCUUCGCCGCCGCCGCCCGGUCGCAACAAGGAGGAGGAGGAGGUCGCUGGGGGAGACUGCAUAGGGAGCACGGUCUACAGCAAACACUGGCUGUUUGGCGUCCUCAGCGGACUCAUCCAGAUUGUUAGCCCUGAAAACACCAAAUCUAGCUCAGAUGAUGAGGAGCAGCAGAUGGAGCUUGAUGAAGAAAUGGAGAAUGAAAUUUGCAGAGUAUGGGAUAUGUCAAUGGAUGAGGAUGUGGCUUUAUUUCUCCAAGAAUUUAACGCUCCUGAUAUAUUCAUGGGAGUACUGGCCAAGUCCAAGUGUCCUCGAUUAAGAGAAAUCUGUGUGGGAAUUUUAGGUAAUAUGGCCUGUUUCCAAGAGAUAUGCGUGUCCAUCAGCAGUGAUGAAAAUCUUGGGCAGGUGUUGUUGCACUGUUUGUAUGAUUCAGACCCACCUACUCUUCUGGAAACAAGCAGGUUGUUGCUUACUUGCCUUUCCCAGGCAGAAGUGGCCAGUGUCUGGGUUGAAAGGAUCCGGGAACAUCCAGCUAUUUAUGAUAGCAUUUGCUUCAUUAUGUCAAGUUCAACAAAUGUUGACUUGCUGGUGAAGGUGGGGGAGGUUGUGGACAAGCUCUUUGAUUUGGAUGAGAAACUGAUGUUGGAAUGGGUCAGAAAUGGGGCUUCUCAGCCUCUAGACCAACCCCAGGAAGAGUCUGAAGAGCAGCCAGUUUUUAGGCUUGUGCCCUGUAUACUUGAGGCUGCCAAACAAGUACGUUCUGAAAAUCCAGAAUGGCUUGAUGUUUACAUGCAUAUUUUACAAUUGCUUACUACAGUGGAUGAUGGAAUUCAAGCAAUUGUAUAUUGUCCUGAUACUGGAAAAGAUAUUUGGAAUUUACUUUUCGACCUGGUCUGCCAUGAGUUCUGCCAGUCUGAUGAUCCACCCAUCAUUCUUCAAGAACAGAAAACGGUGCUAGCCUCUGUUUUUUCAGUGUUGUGCGCCAUCUAUGCCUCACAGACUGAGCAAGAAUAUCUAAAGAUAGAAAAAGUAGAUCUUCCUCUAAUUGACAGCCUCAUUCGGGUCUUACAAAAUAUGGAACAGUGUCAGAAGAAACCAGAGAACUCGGCAGAGUCUAACACAGACGAAACUAAAAAGACUGAUUUAACCCAAGAUGAUUUCCACUUGAAAAUCUUAAAGGAUAUUUUAUGUGAAUUUCUUUCUAAUAUUUUUCAGGCAUUAACAAAGGAGACCGUGGCUCAGGGAGUAAAGGAGGGCCAGCUGAGCAAACAGAAGUGUUCCUCUGCAUUUCAAAACCUUCUUCCUUUCUAUAGCCCUGUGGUGGAAGAUUUUAUUAAAAUCCUACAUGAAGUUGAUAAGGCCCUUGCUGAUGACUUGGAAAAAAGCUUCCCAGGUUUGAAGACUGGUUUCAAACCCCUGUGCCCAAGAAGUCCUGCCUCAGCAUUCCAUGGAUUAAGAUGGCAGAGCCAGAAGAUGGAAAUUUCCUGCACACAGAGAACCACAUGGAGAGGAGUUGCCCUGGAGAGUAUGUUGAACUUAGGGUGAAAGUGAAAUAAGCCUUUAUUAUGUUAACAUAAUAAAGGAGAAUUUGUCAUUGCAA